AUGGCACACACUACCUCCCUGCAUGGUAUUUACUGCUUCAAGUACGCUCUCCUCCUGCACGCUCUGUUCCUUGGCUUCCCUGUCACACUGUUCUUCUGCCUGCUCCUCUACCUGGCAGUGGCCAUGGCCAGCCACUCCUCCACCUUCCACCUGCUGCUGCUGCAUAACAGCUACUGCCGCUGCCAUAGAUGUUUGGCUCUGAGCCAGAGCCAUGGUAUCUGGGGCCGGCCCAGUAAGAGAGAGAAGCGAGUGAACCUGAACCACAUCGAGUCCCGGGUGUCGAAGCGAGUGGUGAACGAGGUGGAGAUCUUUGCCGACUGCAGCUGCAGUAAGAAGGAGUUCAACGAGCUGCUGCAGCAUCUCAAAGACCACGUCAACAUCAUCUCCUUCAACACACCUGCACACGUCUGGUCGGCCGAGGCAGAUGGAGACGAUGUUCCCUGGUUCCCGAUGAAGAUCUCCGAGUUGGAUCAGUGUUCUCACCGAGUGCUGAUGUACGGAUCCGAGCUGGACGCAGACCAUCCUGGCUUUAAGGAUGAAGUUUACCGCCAGAGGAGGAAGUACUUUGUGGAAGUGGCCAUGAAUUAUAAAUUCGGGCAGCCCAUCCCUCGGAUCGAGUACACCCAGGAGGAGGUCAGGACGUGGGGGGUGGUCUUCAGAGAACUGACCAAACUGUACCCGACUCACGCCUGCAGGGAGUACCUGAAGAACCUGCCGCUGCUCAGCAAACACUGCGGCUACAGAGAAGACAACAUCCCGCAGCUGGAGGACGUCUCGCUGUUCCUCCGAGAGAGGUCGGGUUUCACGGUGCGCCCUGUGGCAGGUUACCUGUCUCCCAGAGACUUCCUGGCCGGUUUGGCCUACAGAGUGUUUAACUGCACCCAGUAUGUUCGUCACAGCACCGACCCGCUCUACACGCCCGAACCAGACACGUGUCACGAGCUGCUGGGUCACGUUCCUCUGCUGGCCGAUCCGAAGUUCGCUCAGUUCUCUCAGGAGAUCGGUCUGGCUUCUCUGGGAGCGUCCGACGAGGACGUCCAGAAACUGGCCACGUGUUACUUCUUCACCAUCGAGUUCGGACUCUGCAAACAGGACGGCCAGCUGAGAGCCUACGGAGCCGGAUUACUGUCGUCUAUUGGAGAGCUGAGGAAUCCAUCUCCCUGA